CGUUGUUAUACAUGCCUGACGCGUUAUUUUCGUGUCUGGUUUGCUGCAUGAUCUACCAGUUUGCUGGCGCAGCACUAAUAGGAUUUAUAUUACUUCCUGCCUACAACUGAAGAUGAUGAGUCUAUUGAAGGUUGCUUGGAUAUUUUAUUUUACCUGCACCUUUGUUUUUGGACAGAUACGUUACACUGUGCCGGAGGAGAAGGAUCCUGGUACCUACAUAGGUAAUGUCGCAAACGAUUUGUCAUUAGAUAUUAAAACUCUGUCUCUUAGACAAAUGCAAGUAGUUUCUUCUACUGAAGGGCAUUAUUUUGAUGUAAAUCCAUUGACCGGCAGGUUGCUCAUUAAAAACCGCAUAGAUCGAGAGCAGCUUUGCAGGGCUAACCCUGUGUGCCUUAUACAUUUUGAAGUGAUGUUAGAAAACCCAACUGAACUUCGUCAUGUAGAAGUUAAUAUUCUAGACAUUAAUGAUAAUUCUCCAGAAUUUGGAGAAAAGGAAAUGACACUUAAUAUUUCUGAGACUGUAGCCCUGGGGUCCCGUUUCCGCGUUGAACGGGCGUUUGACCCAGAUGUUGGUACCAACUCAGUCAGCGUUUAUCAUCUGAGCCCCAACAAACACUUCGUUUUAAAAAAUUCUAACCCUACGGACGGUAGCGAGUUUCCAGAGCUUGUACUUGAAAGAGCACUGGACAGAGAACAAGAGAAGACGCAUUUGCUUACAAUGACCGUUUACGAUGGGGGGUACCAGCAGCAUUCUGCUGUGGCUAGCAUUAUAAUCAAUAUCUUAGACGCCAAUGACAAUCCUCCUGUAUUCAGCCAGAGCCAGUAUGUCGUAACCCUGGAAGAAAAUGCUCCAAAAGGGAGUUUAGUCAUUAAAUUAAAUGCCACCGAUUUAGAUGAGGGUACAAACGCUGAAAUAAUUUACUCUUUCAGUGCCAGUACCACGUCCAAAGCACUGGGGAUCUUCACUUUAGACUCUGUAACUGGUGCAAUCACUUUGAAUGGCUCAGUAGACUUCGAAGAGGUCAGCAGAUAUGAAAUGUAUCUAACUGCCAUAGACAAAGGACCAUAUGCAGAGGCUGCCCACUGCACAGUAUUAGUAGAUAUCACUGAUGUGAAUGACAAUACUCCCGAGAUUACUGUAAAAUCUGCAAAGCAUUCAGUUCCUGAGGAUGCUUCAUUAGGCACAGUAAUUGCCUUUAUUAUUGUGGGAGAUAAAGACAGCGGUCCUAAUGGGCAUGUUAGUUGCAUGAUUUCGGAUGGUCUCCCAUUCCAGCUUAAACCUUCACUAAAUAAUUACUUCAGUUUAAUAACUAGUGAUCUUUUGGAUCGGGAGCUGGUAUCACAGUAUAACGUAUCAAUCUGGGCCAGUGAUCAAGGAUUUCCAGUCCGAUCAGCCUAUACAAAUCUUCAAAUACAAGUCAGCGAUGUAAAUGACAAUCCGCCCAGGUUUUCUGAAACAUUUCAUGAGGUAUAUAUCACUGAAAAUAACUUACCAGGGACACUAGCUGGGAAGGUAACCGCGGAGGAUGCCGAUGCAGGACAGAAUGCGCAGAUAUCUUACUUGUUUAUAGGAAUCCCAAAUAAAAGUCAAACAUCAUCCACAUAUUUCUCCGUGGGCGCAGAAGACGGUGCCAUAUAUGUGCUAACUUCUUUGGAUUAUGAGAAAGAGAGAGAAUAUCAAUUCCAAAUUGAAGCCAGAGACGCUGGCGUUCCACAGCUAAGCGGAACAGUUACUGUAAAGGUUUUUGUAGUAGAUGCAAAUGACAACAACCCAGAAAUAUUGCAUCCCUCCCCAAUGAAAGGCUCUGAAGUAGCUAACAGAAUACCUAGAUCUUCAAGUGCAGGAUAUUUAGUAGCAAAAGUAUCAGCAGUUGAUGCUGACAUUGGUCAUAAUGCUUGGCUUUCUUACCAGCUUCUUAAAUCCAAUGUGCCCGAACUCUUCAGCAUAUCUAAGUACACGGGAGAAAUACGAACUACAAGACAAUUUCAAGGUAACGACUCUUCAUCUUAUACUCUUGUGAUCAUGGUCAAAGACAACGGACAACCGGCAUUGUCAGCAACAGCAGUUCUACAUUUGGACAUGAUGGACAGUAGCCCAGACGUUCUUCCAAACGUCAACAGACACUACAACAGCCAAGAGAACAUGUCUGACCUUAAUGUAUAUUUGAUAAUCUGCUUGCUUUCGAUAGUUGUUUUGUUCUUUGUAAUCGUCUCUGUGACAAUUGCACUGAGGUGCUACAAUGCUUCAGAUCUAGAUCCCCGGCUUAAUUUAUGCUGCAGACAGGAAGAUACAAUUGGUAGAGGUCAGCAAGUCAGCAGCUCCCUACAACCACAUGGUCAUCAGACUUACGUGGAAGUGUACGGAAACAGUUCCCUCUACAAAGUAGGGACAUAUAGAACUGUACCUCAGGAACUGAAAGACGAUUUUAUCACUAUAGACUUCCCAGGUACAAAUAAUUCAAAUGCUUGCAUCCAGCAAUUCCAGCAACUGUGUUUAAUUUGUGAUGACAACGUUCGACCUGUUUCAACUUCUGAGGUAAGAGUGGCAAUCUGCUUGCUUAUCCGCGUAUUUGACCAUCUGUGUAUAAUUAUGUGCAUUACCCAAUUCCACUUUACUUUGGAGCUUACACUUUAG